GCCCAUUCUUCGCGUUUGCGACGCAGAAGCAGCAGUGAGCAUCAUCAUCAUCAUCAUCAUCACACCGAGCGCAGGUGCUUGAUCUCCGGCUCUCCUCUCCUCUCCGCCGGAUAGGAUGAGACGAUGGCCCGCCGAGAGAGAUGAAGAUGAUGACGGACGCAGGCUGAUGGAGGAGGAGGAGGAGGAGGAGGAGGAGGAGGAUGCGCGUCUCAUCAUGGACAGCGAGGACGAGGACGGUCUGUCCCUGGAGGAGAUUUUGCAUCUUUACAAGCAGCCCAUCAACGAGGAGCAGGCGUGGGCUGUGUGUUAUCAGUGCUGCCGCUCGUUUCUGGAGGACUCCGCCGGGACCGGAGGAGCGGGGCACGUCCGGAUCUAUAGAGACGGGUCGGUGCGCUUUCGUUCCGGAGACCGACCAGGUGUGCGUGAUCCCAGCCGCUCCUCCACGCAGGUGAUCGAGUCUCUGGGCAUCAUGAUCUACAAGGCUCUGGAUUACGGGCUGAAGGAGAACGAGGAGCGAGAGCUGAGUCCGCCGCUCGAGCGGCUCAUCGACCUCAUGACCAACGUGGCCGAGGCCGAGAGCGACUCCUGCGCCGACGAAGGCUACGCCGCCACCGAGGAAGACGAGGAUGACCGCGACCCCGCCCACACCUGCCGUAUCCGCGGCUACCGUGACAUCAUCAAGCUGUGUGCUCUUCACCUGCCGACGCCGGCCGAUGCACCCAGUCAUUACCAGGCCGUGUGCCGAGCUCUGUACGCCGAGACCAAGGAGCUCCGCACCUUCCUGGAGAAGAUCCGCAGCGCCAAAGAGAAUCUGCGUAAGAUGGAGGGCGACACCGUCGAUGAACCUGGCAGGGAGCUGAACGAGCUGCAGAACGCUGAUUGGGCCUGGCUCUGGGUUCAGGUGAUGCGAGAUCUGAGGAACGGCGUGAAGCUGAAGAAGGUGCAGGAGCGCCAGUUUAACCCGCUGCCCAUCGAGUUCCAGCUCACGCCGUACGAGAUGCUCAUGGACGACAUCCGCUCCAAACGCUACAAGCUACGCAAGGUCAUGGUGAAUGGAGAUAUUCCUCCGAGGUUGAAGAAGAGCGCUCACGAGGUUAUUCUGGAGUUUAUCAGGUCCAGACCGCCUCUCAACCCCGUGGCGGCGCGUAAACUCAAACCCCAGGCCGAGCGUCCUCCCAGUCUGCACGAGCGCAUUCUGGAGGAGAUCAAAUCAGAGAGGAAGCUGAGGCCCGUGUCGCCUGACAUGAUCCGUAGAAGUCGAUUUGUCAUGCGGCCUCUUAGCAUGUCUCAGAGUUUUGAUUCAUCAGACGUGUCUUCCUCGGACGGGGCGAGGAAGGCCUCCAGCACGCUGUCUUUGGCCAAUGGCAUGUCUCUUCAGCAGAACGGCUCCGGAGGCUUUCAGAGGAAAAGACUUCAAGCGCCGACUCUGGCUGAACUGGACAGCUCUGAUUCAGACGAUGAGACUAUAGGUCAAAGGUCAGCCAGCUGCUCCAGCAUGUCCACAUCCAUGGUGGAUGACACUUCGCCAGAAUCCGUCCUGGGCAAGAAAACUCCGCCCAUGUUCCUGCCCAUCUCGUCCACGCCGCAGCCGGAGAGACGUCAGCCCGCCCAGCGCCGGCACUCCAUCGAGAAGGAAACGCCCACCAGUGUGCGCCACUUCCUGCCGCCCUCCAGACACAGUUCAAAGUCUUUAGAGGAGUUUUGUUUCCCGGUGGAGUGCCUGGCUCUGACGGUGGAGGAAGUGAUGCACAUUCGCCAGGUUUUGGUCAAAGCUGAACUGGAGAAGUUCCAGCAGUACAAAGAUAUCUACAAUGCCAUGAAAAAAGGGAAGCUGUGCUUCUGCUGCCGGACGAAACGGUUCUCCUUCUUUACCUGGUCCUACACCUGUCAGUUUUGUAAAAGGCCUGUGUGUUCACAAUGCUGUAAAAAAAUGCGCCUGCCAUCAAAGCCUUACGGCACUCUCCCCAUUUACUCUCUGGGUCCGUCCACAUCGACUCUGAAGCGCGACGCAUCCAGCCACAAGCCAGAGAAGCCCAGUACAAGCCACCAUCGACCCAGCCUACAGCGCACAAUGUCCAGACUAUCCAAGCACACGCGUCAGUCGUCCUCGUCUCAGGAGGAAACGGAGCUCCCGAAAGAGCUGAUGGAAGACUGGAGCACCAUGGAGGUUUGCGUCGACUGCAAGAAGUUCAUCUCGGACAUCAUCGCCUCCAGCAAGCACAGUCUGUCUCUGGCCAACAAGAGAGCGCGCUUGAAACGCAAGACUCAGUCCUUCAUCCUGGCGUCGGAGACGGGCGCGGAAUACCGGCCUUCGGAGCGAACUAUCAAUGAGGUUUAGAUGAGUCUGGAUCCGGAGCAGAUGCUGGUGUAGUUGUACAGAUUAGGACGGGUCAGUCAACCGCGAUAUACAGGGCCAAUAAACUCUUAUGGGUGUGUAGCAGUUCUUCCACAAACACGUGGCCGUUUUCUGUCCUGUGCUGUAAAGAUGUGGUUACAUUAGUGAGAUUUCACAGCCAACGAUGACCUCGUCCGGGGUCAAUAAUAACCGCUGUUCAAAUAUCAGUCACCAAGCACCUUUCUCUUGGUCUGCACGGUACUUGUUUGAUGUAUGGAGUCUCACACGCGAUAUGCGACACCUUAAUGCAUUUAUUCAUUCCCUCGUUUUAAUAAUACGCACCCUCAGUUUGGCUAAAUAAGAAUUUCUCCUCAUGACUCCUUUUGCAUUAGAAUGUAGGAGCAAACGUUUCUUAAUUUACCUCCACAGGCUUAUUACACAUAGAUUUUUUGUUCCCAGUGCUAUUUUUUUUUGUGCAUAUCGUGUUUUAAACGAGCAAACUGCGCGUCUCACGAAAACGAGUAUAAAUAGCACGCACGCUUUUUUUGGGCGUGUAUAUAUGACACGCGCGCGUUUGGCGUACGCAGUUUUCCCGCGAAUGUGACGCAUCCGAUUUCUCGCACGCAUCUAACACGUCUACCCUAAUACAUCACGUAGCAUAAACACGCCAAAGUCUAUUUUUUUGCGAAUUUAAACGCUGGUAUCUGGCGCACUAUUUACAGGAAACUUUAAAAGAAACGUUCCUAACAAAAUGGCUGGGUUUUGCCGCGAAAUCACGCUGGGCGACCGUAAACACGACCGCACCUUAACUCAUUUUUUCACACUUUAAUCGGUGAACUCUGGGCCAAGCCUAUCUAUUCUCGCGUCACGUGUUACGCUGCACGUUCCUUACGUUCUGAUUUGCAUAUUGGCGGUGUCGGCGUCGCCGAUUGGACGAACGCGUGCUUCAAAAUGGCUUUUUAAAAUGGCGCCUUCGCAUUAUCGCUGACUGCGUCGAGUUUUUCCCCGCAACGGAAUGUCGAACUGUAAAGGUUAGAUCUUUUUUCUUUACUCAAAUUAACAUGUUUUCUGUCGCCGUUUGAUACUCUUUACCUCAAACGCCGUUCAUGCACAAAAACUACAACUGCAACAAAAAAAACACAUAACCUCGAGUUAACGGCGGUUAUAAUCUCUAAAAACGUUCUUUUAAAAACAACACCGGAUUAUUCGCAAUGUGAAAAAAAACAAUAUUUAAGCAUCCUUUUUAUAUAGCAAGCACGUGCAGGUGUUAAAGUCAACGUGAAAUGACUUCCGUAUGACUACUUCCGUAACGUGACGUCAUGGUGGACGGUCUACUGAAUAUUCAUUAGUUUUACAAACCUUCCUCGUCUUGUGAAUUGCAACCAGAGUAUUAAACAAAAAGACAAUAAAAACAGGCCCAGGACCUCGUUCACAGGAAGACCGGCGACGUGCAAAAGACUGUGUUUUGAUUUCAUGUCGACUUUUAAAUGUGUAAAUGUCUAAAAUGUCAGUCAUAUUAAAACAAAUACAGUCAUAAUAAAACAAUAAGCACAACGCGUCACUCAGCACAGAAGCUGAAAAUCAGUGAGCUGACAUUCGGGUCCUGUUAGAUAGCUAUUGUUUUUUUAUUUGUGACUUUCAUAUGUCGUUGACCGUGUGUGUAUAUAAAUAUAUAUAUUUGUACAGCUCACGUGACUCAUAUCUAGGUGAGAUUUGAUUGUAAAUUGCGCGCGCGUUGAUCGAAGAUAAUCGUGCUCCUGUUUUAUGUAUCGAAAGGCAUGAGGAGUUCAGGCUGAUUUUAUAAACUUUAAGAGUUGCAUUUAUUUUUAGUAAUGUUUACUUUUUACAUGAUUUAUGGUUUAUAGGUCAGGUGAUACCCUGGGACCACACGGCGCUUAAUCAUGCCAGCUUUGAUGACAUGUCAUUAUAAAAACGUAGUGCUUUGAAUAUAUAUAUAUCUUCUCAAGCGUUUGGACAAUGGAGCAUUGUGGCGUAAUUUGUCGAUCAUGUUAGAAACGCAUCACAUUAAUUUAACGUCCGUUUUGUUUUUUUGGGCAAAUUUUAAUGCAUUUUUUUAACUAGUUUGGGGUUGUAUGAGUUUUUAUGUUCAGAGCAGCUUAUAUACCGCAUCUUACUUUGAUUUCCAGUUAUUUUGUGAUAAGGAUAAAAUGUUUUUUAAUAUUUAUUCAUAGAGGUUUUCAAUGCAACUUCCUCCCGUUGUGUUUAAUAGUAGUUUUGCUAAUUGUUUGUCCUCCUGUUUUUUAUUAAUCCGAUAAUGCAAUGGGUUUUUUUUUUUUUUUUAGAAAGAAUGAAGCUUAUAGCGGUUAAAUCUUGUAAAGUUGCCUUUUUCCUUAAAUAAUCUGACGUGAGAAGAAGCCAGGCUGAUAUCGUUGUUAAGUUUUAUCAGUUUGCUCAGAAGAGCGUCUCCGUUCCUGUUGAGCAGUUAUUAAUUUGCCUUAGAAACAUUGCCUUUUUAAGCGUCCAUCGAGUCCCGUCUGUUAGCGGUGUGACCGCACAUGCGUUUCAACAUCUGCACGAAUGCUGUGGAUUCGUAAACUCUUGAUGUGUUGGAGAAUCACAAGACUCGUCACCGAGGCAAUUAAGAAACGUAAAUAAAA